AUGCGUCGCGAUUCCGGGUCUGGGUUCUACGACCCCGCCUCGCGCCGUGUCUUUGCGUCUCAUGACGUUACCUUUAACGAGUCGGUCCCCUUUUACCAUCUCUUUCCCUACCGCACUGCCCCUCUCCCCCCCCCCCCGCCGCUCUCUCUCGCUCCAGGUCCCCCCCAGGUAGACCUCCUCCCCCCUCCAGGUCCUGCUCCUUCAGGUGUGUCUCAGGUAGACCCUCCUCCCUUGACUGAGCCUGUUGAGGUCACUGGUGACUCUGGUCCUGCUGGGGGUGGUCCUGCUCGGGGUGCUGCUUCUGGGGGUGCUGAGCCUGGGGGUGCGGAGCCUGGGGGUGCUGAGCCUGGGGGUGCGGAGCCUGGGGAUGCUGAGCCUGAGCCUAAGGGUGCGGAGCCUGGAGGUGCUGAGCCUGGGAGUGCUGAGCCUGGGGGUGCUGAGCCUGGGGGUACUGAGUCUGGGGGUGCUGCGCCUGGGGGUACUGAGGCGCCUGGUGAGCAGUCUCCUUGGAGCGGCCGCCUACGUAGUCGCUCCGCUGGUGCCUCGCCGCAGCACUCUCAUCGGCGUGUGCCUCUCUCCACACAGCAACUGCGUGAGUGGUACGUUAGCCGUCAGGGUCGCGCUGCUGGAGCUGGGGGCCCUGCUGCGGGAGGCGCUGGCGUUGGAGGCACUGGAGCUGGUGACUCUGCUACUGGAGGCGCUUCUGCUGACGUCACUAGAGCUGGGGGUGCCGAGUCUGAGCAUGUUGAGACUGGCGGUACUCUGUCUACUAGAGUUACUGGAGCCUCUGGUCCCAGAGGUGUUCGUACUGGAGGUACUGGAGCUGCUGGGGCUGGAGGUACUGCUGGACCUGGAGGUGCUGCUGUUGACCCUGGGGUUGGAGACCCUGGGGUUGGAGGUGCCGGUUCUGGGGGUGCUGCUGCUGGUGGCGCUGGUACUGGAGGUGCUGGCGCUGGAGGUUCUGGAGCUGCUGGAGGUACUGGUGCUGGAGGCGCUGGAGCUGGAGGUUCUGGAGCUGCUGGUGGCGCUGGUACUGGAGGUGCUGGCGCUGGAGGUUCUGGAGCUGCUGGAGGUGCUGGCGCUGGAGCUAAAGGUUCUGGAGCUGCUGGAGGUGCUGGAGCUACUGGUGCUGGUGGCACUGCACAGCCGCGACUGUUUUUCGCUCCGCCGUCACCGUCGUCUCUGCCACCGCCUGACUCCGUGCUUCGCCAGGUUCUUAGCCUCCCGUCUUCUACUGGUCUUCCGUUACAGCCUGGCUCACCACUGCCUGCUCCUUCUCCUUACACUGAGCAGACAGGAGGUCUUGCUGAGCGUCGUGAGCCUGCGUCUCGUCCUGUCUCGCCUCGUGUUCCCCUGCCGUCCCCUCCUGCGUCUUCUCUGCCUGACGUUCCAGACCCUGAGUCUGAUUGGGUUCGUGCUGCUCACCCCACUGUCACGCGUCUGCUCACCACUGUUGUCACUGACCCUUCGUUUGAGUCUACUGCUGCGUCUGCCUUGGUCGCUGAGCUUGUUGACUUUGCUGCUGCCUGUUGUCUAGACUACGCUGCUAGUCUUGUUGCUGAGUCUGAGUCUGUCUGUCCUCCGUCUGUUGGGGGUGAGUAUGCACUUGGCACGGACGUCCUUGAGGACAGGCAGGAGGACCUUGAGUGUCUUGCGGCUGCUGUACCUCAUCUCGUGGCCAUGCUGCUUGCCCCUGAGGGAGACCCGGAUGCACCAGACAUCCCGACCCCGCGCACUUACGCUAAGGCGAUGGCGGGUGAGUACUCCUCUCAGUGGCAGACAACCAUGGACGCAGAGAUGGCAUCCUGGAAGUCCACAGGCACUUACGUCAACGCAGUUCCCCCUCCUGGGGCGAACAUCGUCGAUGGCAUGUGGAUUUUCAGGGUGAAGUGGCCGCCGGGUUCUCCGCCUGCCUUCAAGGCUCGUUACGUUGCACGAGGCUUCAGUCAGCGACAGGGGUGCACUCGGGGCUUCAGGGGGGCCUGA